AUUUUCUAUUUUUGCAAGACAAACUCCAUGAAUUGUGCAUACCAAAACAGAACUGUGGGGUCCCUGCCUAUCUAAACAAGUAUCAAGGUCAAUUAAACUAUGGAAAAACCUCUAAGACAAUACCAUGUGAUCAUAUAUAUGCUCUUGUCUCCUUGUAUAUUCCACGAUCUUAUCCGCCUAAUCUUAUACAAUAGUCUUCCCCAAUCACUCAAGUAGCCAAUAGUUUCUCAAUAUUCUUUUAUCUAUAUAUAUUCAUUGCCACAAGCAUUUAGGACCAACACAAAUCACUCACAUCCUAAAGCAUUAAAAUAUCAAAAACUUUCUCUUGCUUACAAGUCUUUUUUAAAACCAAUUUAUUUUCAAGUUUCAACACACAACAAUGGGUUUUCGUUUCCCUAGUAUGAUCAGAAGAGCGUCAUUUUCUUCAAACCGAGGAGUUUCAAAAGUUGUGGACGUUCCAAAGGGAUAUCUUGCAGUCUAUGUUGGAGAAGAAAUGAAGCGGUUUGUGAUCCCCAUUUCAUACUUGAACCAACCAUCAUUUCAAGACUUGUUGAGUCAGGCCGAAGAAGAGUUUGGAUAUGAUCAUCCAAUGGGUGGCCUAACCAUUCCUUGCACCGAAGAUGUCUUUCAACACAUUACUUCUUGCUUGAAUAAGCUAUGAUUCUGACACCAAAAGAGACUGACAUAGUUUAGAAGAGAUAUUUUUUGUAAACUAGGCAUCUUACCAAAUUGUAAAGAUGGCGAAAAAUCACCAUUAGAAUGACAAAUUUAUUAUGUAUAUAUAUUUUGUUUAAUGACAAUGAAUCCAACUAUUCAAGCAUCUCUUGUGUUUUUGUUUAGUGCACUUAAAAAUU